GAAGACCAAGUAGUGGAUGAAGAACUGACAGCAGGUUUAUUUUUCCCUAAGCGUAGCACUACAGGCAGCUUUACCUACAGUGUGUUUAUCGCUCCUGAUAAACUCCAUCAAUAAAAUAUCUGACAGUGUGUAUUUAUAAAUGUGUUUGCUGUUUUAUGACAUGAUUCAGGGGUCAUAGUCUGUGAAUACUGGCUAAUACAACUGGAUUUUUGUACAGCGUGAGGGCAAGGGCUGCCUGCAACGUUAAAUCCAGGGCAAACAAAAAAUAUACAAACUGGUCCACUGCCCCACACAAACUCAACUGAUGCAAGGUAACGUUAACGUUUGUUUACCUGACGAUAGCUAACUGGAAGAAAGUAAAGUAGCACAAGAGUGACAGCAGCACAUCCGAAAUGAACCAUACUACUCCAGGGGCAGUGGGUCUUGACCCUGCCGUGCUGAGAGACCAACUCUUCGAGCUAUGGAACCGGAAGGAUCUGCAGACGCUACAUUGGACAGCCCUCCAGGGAUUUUCAAAGUUGUCUGAGCCUCUGGAGGCUUUACUAACAAUCCUGGAGGGCUGUCCAGGCAAACAGCGGGGUCGGAGCCACACCGUCGGCCAGCACAUCCUCAUGAAAUUCCAGUCAUGGAUGAAAGAAAGUCCUCAGGUGACCCUGAGUUCACUCUCAGAGCAACAAGCAAUGGCGCUUCAACAGCGGGCUCUGAGCUUACUAACAGAUACCCAGCCCAACUUUGUAGAAAGUCUCAUAAACAUCUACCAACUCAAUUCCCUGGAUCCAGCCAUACUCCGACUGCACAUUAUAAGGUUGCAGGCUCUUCACUGCUACAAAGAGGCAGCAGUACUCGCCAUAAAGCUGAAGUUACAGAACGAGCUGGAUAUGGAGGAGAUGUGUGUACCACUAAUCUUGCAAAAUAAGUUGCCUUUGGCAGAGUCCUUCGUCAUAGGCCACAAUCAUCUAGAACAGCGACUGGUCACACUGCUAGACUUAUGGUGCCACCCCAGCUUCAGUGUGGAAGAGAUAAGCAUGCGGUUCCCUCACAUCUCUCUGACCAAACAAUGCAUGAGCCAGAUCCAACCCAAACUGCUCACCAAACAAGUCUUCCGACUCUUGGAGAAAUUCAACAUUGACCAAGGACUGUGUCCCAAUGCUCUGCACAAGAGGAGAUUGGAUUCUUUACGUUUCCUCAUGUACAAGAGGUUUGUGGAUAAAAGCAUGACCGAGGAGAACUGGAGUGACCAUGUACAGUACGUUGUGGCAGAUGACCUUGAGCUGCAGAUCCAUUUGGUGGAGAUGUUGGUGAGGUACUGUGGUCUUCAGAAAGCAGCUCAGUGGUCACUGAGGUACAACAUCCCCAGAAAUCAACUUCCCUCUGGGGUAUGGGAAACGCAGCAGAGUCUACCGCCUGGUCUACAACAGAUAGGUCAGAGUGGUUCAGCACAAACUGAGCAGUGGAUACCGUCUCGGUCUCACUGUCAGAAGUUCUAUCAAGUGCCGCUCACCAAAGACCAGGUUCAUUUUGUGGACUCGCCGGAAUCUCUUCAGAGAUGUCGAAACAUUGUGCUGAAGGAAUGUGAUAUAGUAGGCGUUGACAUGGAGUGGCAGCCCACGUUUGGCUGUAUCUCAACUCAGCAAGUUGCCCUAAUACAGCUUUCAGUUUUGGACCAGGUUUUCUUAUUAGACCUUUGUGCAAAUGGAUUCUGUCAACACCCUGAUACUAUUAGUUUCAUCAGGAGCUUGUUCUCCGAAAGAAACAUCCUUAAACUGGGUUAUGGUAUGUCAGGGGAUGUCAAGUGUCUCUUGGCCACCUGGCACCAGCUUUUAGAGGAGCCAUUGAGGAUGGAGGGGAUGCUUGAUCUUCUUAAUGUACACCAAAAGAUCCAGCGUCGAAAGGUCAAUAGGACUCAAAAUGGACCUAAAGAUGUGCUGGUAGGAGAGGACUCUGCAGAGAAAGGCCUCAGUCUGCUGGUACAACAGGUCCUGGGAAGGCCCCUAGACAAGACAGAGCAGAUGUCCAACUGGGAGAAACGGCCACUGCGCAUCAGCCAAAUUAGAUAUGCAGUGGCAGAUGCCUACUGUUUGCUGGAUGUGUACUCUGUCCUCUCCAGAAACCCAGCUUACUUUGGGCUACCAGCUGACCUGCGCAGCAUCUCAUCAAGCCAAUCGGAGAAGAGUGCUGACAAUAAACAGAAGGAGAAACAUGCCAAGCAGAUGAAACAGGCCCAUGGCAAAGAGGAAUGUCAGGGGGCUCAAAGGAUCAGUCCCCCUCGCUCCGACACAGAGAAAGGCCUCCUGUGUGGCGAGAAGCCCUCAGAAGACACCCCUGCUCUGCCCCCCCAGCAGUUGCGGGUGGUGUGUGACAACAUGCUGCAGGGUCUCGGGAGGUACCUGCGCUGUUUAGGAGUCGAUGUGGUCAUGUUGGAGAACACCGAUGAUCACAGAGUAGCGGCAAAGUUAGCACAAGCUGAAGGCCGUUUCAUACUCACAUGUGGACAACCGUUCCAGAGUUUGCGGUCCCAGGUGGGUGAGGGUCGCUGUCUGUCCCUAGACUGUUCAGAAAAGGCCAGAGACCAGGCUGUUCGAGUCCUCAGACACUUCAAUGUCCAGCUCACUCCCAGCGACAUAUUCAGCCGCUGCCAGAAUGAGAUUUCAGAUACAAGUGGCCAAAUUGGGCUUACCUUUACUGAAAGGAAUGAGGAAGGAGCUUGAAGUUGAACUGCUGCACCUUCACGUUUAAGAUGGCCAGUUGAGGCUGUGAGCUAUUCUUAUUCUUCUUAUAUGGCCUUCGAAUGCCUCGGGGACACCAGUAGGAGCUGGAGGAUGUGGCUGAAGAGAAGGAUGGGUCACUUGUUUAGCCUGCUGCCACCACAACCUGGACUUGUGCAAGUGGUAUCAAAAGGAGGGUUGGAUGGAUGGAUGUGAAAAUAAAUAGAAUAAGUCAGUGGUAUGAAUUAAACACAACAUAUUUUUCUAAUUUAACCACAAGGGAACCAGGAUGGAAACAAAUUGAAUCAUAAAUGGAAUCAUAUUCUUCUUUCCUCAAUUACAGAAACAUUGCUUACUUGGGUACAGAUACACAUAUGUGUGCAAUGCACUGCAUUAUUCUAAUUCCUAUUCAAUCAUGUUUGUGGAGCCUGGAAAAGAUGUUUGUCAGUCAGCUUGUUGCUACCAAUCAUUGUCGGAUUUACGGUACAUGAACUGUAGAUAUCUCCAUGGGUGGCUGUUAAGGGAAACCUGUGUGUGCUGCGACUGUGUUUGUCUGUCUGUGGUGGCGGUUGUGAUUGGGAGGGGUAUCUUUGCAGGACAGUUUCUAAACUUGGGUGUUCUGGCCUGCUCCUGGUGGGAGGCCCUAAAUGUGUCAAGAUACACCACUGGGUGCAUUUCUUUCAGACCCAAGAUGUAAAACACCUGGACCACCUACCUCCCGUCUUGAUGAUACCACGUUAAAACACAUGCACAGUUGCGAAAUGGUCAUCCGCCUACUUUUCCUAUUUAUUGGUCACUCCUGAUGCCACUUCAAGUCAAUGUCACUUUGAUAUAUUAUGGCUAAAGAAGGGCCAAAUGUGACUUUGUUGUUACACACCACCAGUAACAGCACUGCCUCAGCAAA